AUGAUGAAGAUAGGAACACUCUGGAUGAAUGGAGUUUCGGAACCAAGAUACUUCUCACCUAACAAGAUAAACAACUAAAAAUACUCAAUAUUGACGUUUAUCCCCGUGGUUCUCUAUCAUGAAUUCAAAUUUUUCUUCAAUUUGUUCUUUCUUAUGAUUGCCUUGUCGCAGCUAGUCCCAUUUUUGAGAGUCGGAUUCUUGUUCACUUAUCUGGCACCACUAAUGUUUGUGCUUUUUAUUACUAUGUGUAAGGAAGCAUUCGAUGACUACUAAAGACAUAGAAGAGACAAGGAAAUGAAUCUUAAGAAGCAUGAAAUACUCACCAAGAAUGGUUUCAAAUAGAUUAAUUCUAUGGACUUGAAAGUAGGGUAAAUAGUAAAAGUGCAUUAGAAUGAAAGAGUCCCUGCUGAUUUGAUACUUUUAUAUACAACUGAAAGGACUGGAUCCAUUUUCAUAAGAACUGAUUAAUUGGAUGGUGAAACUGAUUGGAAGUUGAGAAAAGCUGUACCCAUAACUUAAAAGAUAUCUCCACCAGAAACUAUAGUCUUCUUUAAUGGCUUCAUUAAAGCUUUGCCUCCUGAUGAUCAAAUUUACGACUUCAAAGGUUAUUUAAAAGAUGAGGUUAGUGAGUAGAUCGAACCUUUAUCCCUUGAAAAUACUCUAUGGCAAAAUACAGUACUUGCCUCCUCAGGCUUUAUUCUUGGAAUGGUAGUAUAUGCUGGUAAAGAGACUCGUGCUUAGAUGAACUCCAAGAUGCCUAGAUCUAAAAUAGGUUUACUAGACUCAGAAAUAAACUUCUUAUCAAAGGUACUCUUUGUACUGAUGCUUUUGAUUGCAGCAAUUAUUAUUGUCUUGGAUGGAUUCGUUGGAUCUUGGUACUUCAAGUACUUCAGAUUUGUGCUAUUACUAGCUUCAAUUAUCCCCAUCAGUUUAAGAGUUAAUCUAGAUCUAGCCAAAAUCUAUUAUUCUUAUGGCAUAUCUCAUGAUUCUACUAUAGAUGGCACCAUUGCUAGAAACUCUACCAUACCUGAGGAACUUGGAAGAAUCUAAUUCUUGUUAUCUGAUAAAACUGGAACAUUAACUUAGAAUGACAUGAUCUUCAAAAAGAUUGCAAUGGAGCACGCUUCUUUCACUGAGGAGACUCUGAAAGACAUGCAGGAAUUAUUAAGACAAAGUUGCAGAGAUUCAAGUGGGCCUUGCGGAGAUUUGGAAUAAAGCUUUUAAAAUGAUCAUGAGCAGAUGUAUCCAUCAAUCAAUAACUCUAUCAGAAUAAAAAAUCUAAAGAAGAAGGUCCAGCCAGAUUCUAAUAGGAAAAAGAGAAGAGAGCAGCACUAUAUAGUUAGAGAUCUUAUUUUGGCUCUCUCACUCUGCCAUAAUGUAACACCCACUUACCCAGAUGAAUAGAAUCCAACUAAAAAAGAAUUUUAAGCAUCAUCACCUGAUGAAGUAGCUCUUGUUAAGUUCGCUGAUUCAUUAGAAAUGAAUCUUGUAUCUAGAGAGGAAUAGUAUAUUAAGAUUAUGAAUCCUAAUUAGGACUAUGAGGAAUAUGAUAUCUUGGCUAAUUUCCCUUUCAGUUCAGAAAGCAAGAGAAUGGGUAUUAUAGUUAGACAUCGCAAGUCUAGUAAGAUUAUGUUCUACUUAAAGGGAGCUGAAACUGUGAUGGAAAAAAAGGUCAGACCUAAUCAAAGAGCAUCAUUAGUGGAAUCUUGUGAAAACUUGGCAAUGGAAGGUUUAAGAACAUUAGUUAUCAGCUAGAAAUUGAUGUCUGACAAACAAUAUGAGGAUUUUGACAAGAAGUAUAAGAGGGCAAGAGCUUCAUUGAGCGAUAGAGAAUAAUUGACCACUUAAGCUAUUGAAAGUAUUGAGGAAGAAAUGGAUUAUCUUGGAGUAACUGGAGUUGAAGAUAAACUCUAAGACGAUGUAAUGAGGACUAUUGAAACUUUGAGAUCUGCUGGUAUUCAGGUUUGGAUGCUAACUGGAGAUAAAAUUGAAACUGCCAAAUGUAUAGCUAUCUCUGCCGGAUUACAAGGAAAAAGAUAAAGAGUAUAUGAGAUGAAAGAUAUGACUUAAGCCUCUAAUGUGAUGCUAGCUCUGAAUGAACUUGAAAGAAAGAUAAAUGAUUCUAUGCUAAUCAUUGAUGGCACAACUCUGAGUGUAGUUCUCUCAAGACCUAAUGUGGAGGAAAAAUUCUUUGAAGUCGCCAAAAAUGCUCCAUCUGUUUGUAUUUGUAGAUGCAGUCCAACUUAAAAGGCUAUUGUAGCUAAGAAAAUCUAAUUUUACACUAAGAGAAGAAUAGCAUGUGUUGGAGAUGGAGGUAAUGAUGUUGGUAUGAUUUAAGUAGCAGAUGUCGGCAUUGGUAUUGUCGGAAAGGAGGGUAUGCAGGCUUCAUUAGCAGCUGACUUUUCAAUCCUUCAAUUUAAGAACCUUACCCAUCUUAUCUUAUGGCAUGGUAGACUAUCUUACAAGAGAUCAGCUGUUUUAGCACAAUUCGUUAUUCACAGAGGACUCAUUAUUUCUAUUAUCCAGGCUGUGUUCUCCAUUAUCUUCUACUUUGUAUCAAUUCCAAUUUACAACGGCUACUUGAUGAUGGGAUAUACAACUAUUUAUACCUCACUACCAGUCUUUGCCUUAGUCCUUGAUGAAGAUGUAGACCUAAAAGCAGUCAUGAGUUUCCCACCUCUGUACAAAUCUCUCUAGAAAGGUAGAUCACUUAACUUCAAGACCUUCUUGAUUUGGGUGUGGAAAUCUAUUUACUAGGUAACUUUAUUUCAUUUAUAAUGUUAUUUAUAGGGUUGUGUUAUUAUGCUCCUAUCAAUCAUACUCUUCCAUGACUCAUUCGUCAACAUUGUCUCUAUCACAUUCUCUUCACUUAUUUUCAUUGAGAUCUUGAAUGUAUUCACUGAAGUUAACAGAGUAAAGAAGAAGAUGAUCAUGUCUGUCUUAAUUACUAUUUUCUGCUAUGUCUCCAGUAUUGUAUUCUUCAGAAACUACUUUGAUGUAUCGGCACUUACAACAGACUUCUUGCUAAAAGUUAUCGUGAUUACAGCUAUAUGCUGGCUCCCACUUCACUUACUUAAGAAAAUUAUCGAGAAGAUUUCUCCCAGUGAGGAAUCUAAAGUUAAAAACAGUUGA